UACUAGCUAGGUCAUAAUGGCGUGGCCAGCGUGGCAUUUUCGGGACGUAUGAAGUUGAAUAAGUUCAAAGAUCUAAAAGAUUCUUAAAAGCUGCCAAUGUUCAGUAAAAGAAGAAUUGGGAAAUUAUGGCAUCGAGAUCGACCUCGGCAGCUGAUGAAUCUACGUUGAGAGAAUUUUCCUCGAAACCAAAACCAAGCCCUAGAAAAAAUGGGAUGAAAACUCCUUACGCCAAUACUGCAGAGUUGGAUAAGUUGGAGGAUUUGAAUUUUUCCUCCACCACAAGCGAAGAUAGCAGUGUUUGGCUUACAGUUGGACAAGACAUGCAUUCACAGGAACUUACAGGGGACCUUUUUGAUAGAAAAGAGAUAAUAGCUAGAGAACAAGAAAUGGAAAGAAAAAGGAAAGAAGACAAUCAGAAUCAGAAUUUUGAUUUCGAGACGUCAAAACAACAACUCUCAAAAGCCGCUGAAUUGUGUCUAAAAUUGGCGGAACAAUUAGAUUCUAAAAGUCUUUGCCAGCAACCUAAAUCAUCAGAACAUAACAAAUUAAAAUCUGAGAAUCAACAACUGAAACAACAGCUAGGAGAGGUUAUCGAUGCUAACCUUCAUUGGCAAAAAUAUAACGUGGAGAGGGACAACUAUGUGAUCAGUUUGCAAAAUGCGCUUAAGAGCAAACAAACGCAAAAGUGCGCAUGCGCCAGCAGAGAGCCCGCUGACGUGUUGACAGAGGCACAGCAAAAUGAAGUUGACAAGAUACUGCUCAAUGCUAAGGCGAAAACUUCAUCGAUAGAAAAAGAGAAGGAACAGCUUCAAGAUUCCAUCCGCGAUCUUCGUCUUACCAUUCAUCAGAAAAAUCAAGAAAUAGAGAACCUGCAAAAGAGCGCUGCCAUGAGCCAGGAUCACCACCGGUCUUCUAACCGUUCUAACGACGAUGACUAUGUCAAUAUGUUGAAGGAGCAAAUCCGCGCCGUGACCGAAGACUUUGAGGCCGAGAGACGAGACCGAGAGGAGGCGCAUUCAAAAAUUCUCGAACUUGAAAUCCAGCUUCGACAGUUAAGGAACUCGAGGAGCAAUUUCCAGUUCUAUCACCAAGGCAACACUGUUGUGGACGGUUGAUCAAAAGACAGACAACAGCAACAGAGGACCGACUGAGUCAUUUAUACAGUAUUAAAUGAAACAAGAACAAUUUUAAGUAACAAAUCUAAAACCAAAUAACAAAUCUGAAACAGAUGGCUGUUAUAGGUCUUGUGAAACCUUGUUUUUCCUAGCGCAAGAAUAAAAAAGCAAGAUAUAUUUUACUCAAGACUAUAACAUAUAUCCAAAUUGCAAUACCCAUGCAUUCCAAAUCGUUGCACAUUAAUGUGUUUUCAGUAUCAUAACUAUACUUAUACGCAUGUGAUAUGUCCCUAAGUCUUACAUUUUUAUGGCUUUUUAUCCUGAAAUGCUACAUGUCACAAGUCAGAUCUCAAAUCCCUCAAUGUCGGUAGUUUCUUCUGGAAU